GACCUAAUUCGUGGUGUUUGUCAUUAUUUUCAUGAAUUGAAUUGGUAAUGCACAUAUGGAAAUCAAGCACUCAGCACGAUGGCAACAGUAAUCGAGAGUAUGCAGAGUAAUACCACACACACAUUUCUCAAUCCACCUGCAUUUGUAACGUUUUAUUGAAAGCUACCAUCAUGGAAAUUUCAGCGAUAUAAAGAUGCUUCUCUGACUUUUCUAAUUGCUAUCUGAUAUCAACAAUCAGGUCGACAAUAGCUUCUUCUUUAAACUUUGUUUCCUGCACAAUAAUCAAUACAAUAUCAAGUCAUCAUGGCACCAACUAUCGUUCUCAUUUCCGGCGCCAACAGAGGUAUCGGCAAGGGAAUACUCGAACUUUAUCUUUCCAAGCCAAACCACACUGUUAUUGCUGCAAACCGGGAUCCAAACCAUCCUUCAUCAAAAGCACUAGCUGACUUGCCUAAGGGCGAAGGCUCGUCCCUUGUCCUCGUCAAAGUUGAUGCUACAGUCUCCACAGAUGCACUCGAGGCUGUGAAACAAUUGGGAUCUCAGGGUAUUGAUCAUAUUGACAUUGUGAUUGCGAAUGCCGGCGUUUGCUACGCUUGGCCCAAAGUUUCGGAAGUAAAGGCCGAAGAUAUUCAAGGCCAUUUUGUUCCAAACGUACACGGUUUUGUUUGGUUGUAUCAAGCUACACUUCCCUUGUUGAAGAAGUCCAAACUCGGAAAAUUCAUUUCUAUUGGUUCUUCCGCAGGAUAUCUCACGGUAAGUCUGCUCCCAAAUCUCAAUUCACUAUCGAACCAAUUAGACAUGCCAAAUUCGGCCUACGCACCUUCUAAAGUCGCCGUACAUUGGCUUACGAAAGCUAUUCAUCGUGAAGAGCCAACUCUUAUAGCUUUCCCCAUUGACCCCGGAUGGGUCCAAACCGACCUGGGAAAUAUCGGUGCUAACCACUUCGGAUUUGAUGCAGCUCCUUUAGGAGUCGCAGAAUGCGCUGCUGGAUUGGACAAGGUCAUAGCUGAGAGCACCCGAGAAACCCAUGGAGGAAAGUUCUACAAGUGGGAUGGCGAGGUUCUUCCUUGGUAGAGAUAGUUUUCUGGUAGCCACUCCAAAGAUAUGCUAGAUUGAGUUUGGAAGUAAAAACGUAGACUUCAAACAAAUCAGAUUGCUGUAUUGA